UCAACUUAGAGGACUGACUCUACUGUGAACAGACUAUUUAAUCAACUUAGAGGACUGACUCUACUGUGAACAGACUAUUUAAUCAACGUAGAGGACUGACUCUACUGUGAACAGACUAUUUAAUCAACAUAGAGGACUGACAAACAUAACCAUACUAUAAGUCCAAAGUAACUUGCUGUUAAAGACCUCUGAGCUUGUUUUUGGUUUGUUACGAUUGACCUCCAUUCUGUUUUUUCUAGUGACACAGAUCCCAAUGUAAUGAUCAGUCACUGGCGGACGUGCACCAAGAUCUUCCUGGUACUGGUGUCACUGAGGGUCAUAUACUAUACCGUUCUGGAAUAUCCCAACAACCCAAACCACCCCUACCAUCGUCCCCCUUCCAGGAGGACUCCAGACCCUUCAAGAGAAGAGGACUUGUCCUCCAAGAGCAUCAAUCCAACUACUAAUGAUGAAUCAACAUAUUAUAUGGAAUCUGAAACACCAGACAACAAGGACACCCCUACAAUAUAUGUUGACGUUGAACCACAAGCUGAAUCAGAAGUUUACCUGGACACAAUAUCCAUUCAGGACUGGCCAUCAAUAACACUGGCCACUGGACUGGCCACUCCUCCUCCGUAUGUGUCCCCAGGACCGUACCAUGUAGAAUACCCAUCAGAGUACAUCUUCAUCCUGGAUGAGCCACAGAAAUGCCGGGUGCAGAACCCCUUCCUGGUUCUGAUGGUGCCAGUGGCGCCCUAUAACAGGGAGGCUCGUGAGGCCGUCCGCAGUACUUGGGGCAGUGAGAACCUAGUUUUCGGCAACAAGGUCUGUCUGUUCUUCCUGCUGGGACUGCCCAGUGGAGAGGAGACAGAGCAGCUCCAGGAGAAGGUGCUGCAGGAGAGCAAAGAGCACCAGGAUCUGCUGCAGAGUGACUUCAUAGACAGCUACAAAAACCUGACCAUCAAGACCAUGGUGAUAAUGGAGUGGCUGAGCUCUCGCUGCCCCUACGCCUCCUACGCCAUGAAGAUCGACUCAGACAUGUUCCUCAAUGUACACAACCUGGUUUACAUGCUGAUUCUACAUUCUCCAAAGGAGAACUACAUGUCUGGACAAGUGGCAAUUGGUGCAGCAGUCCUUCAUGACCCAAGCUCCAAAUGGUACCUUCCAAAGGAGGUGUUUCCUGAACCGGUAUAUCCACCUUAUGCUCUGGGCCUGGGCUAUGUCUUCACCUUAGACCUCCCCAGGAAGCUGGUGGAGGCGUCCAGGCAUGUUAAAGCCAUCUACAUAGAGGAUGUGUAUCUGGGACUGUGUAUGAGACACCUGGGCAUCUGGCCUACUGACCCCCCGAGUGGAAACCUCUUCCAGGGGUAUGCAGGAGCCCAGGACCGCUGUCACUACAUGGCUGUUAUCACGACCAUCCUCGACACUCCUCAAGAGCUUCUGGUCGUAUGGAGAAACUUACACCAACCUGGGCCUGUCUGUUAUUGAAAACAACACUCUGGGAAAGACAAAUAGCCUUGAGGUUAGAGCGUUGGGCCAAUAACCAAAAAGGUUGAUGGUUCCAAUCCCGGAGCUGACAAAAUGACAAAUCUGUCACUGUGCCCUUGAGCAAGCACCUAACCCCAGUGCUCCAUGGGUGCUGGAAAAUGGUGUCCCUGACCAUGACCGCGCUCCCUGUGGGUGUCUCAAACAACACAACCAAGACAACAGUCACAGCUCAAACAAUACAACCAUCACAACAGUCACAGCUCAAACAAUACAACCAAGACAACAGUCACAGCUCAAACAAUACAACCAAGACAACAGUCACAGCUCAAACAAUAC